AUGGACUUGGAUGCGUUCCUGGACAAGAAGAGCAAGAAGCUCGCGGGGGGCAAAAAGAAGGCCAAAACGGGCGAGCUCUCCGAGAAGCAGCGAGCGGAGCUGGGCUUAGACGUCUUCGGCGGCCUGGAGGGCGCGAAGUCCGUCACGCCGGUGCCGGCGGAGAAGCCGGCGGGGGCCGUCAAGGCGGAGCCGGAGGCAGUCGCCUCCCCGACCGGCAGCCACGCGCCGGAUGCCGCGUCGCCGUCCGACGGCGCCCCUGUAGAGGCCGCCGCGGACGCUGGGGCGGAGAGGGACGACGGGGAUCGCGCGGAGGUGUUUGUGAGGGUGGUGAAGACCUCCGAAAAGAAGGCGAAGGGGUGGGACGCGGUGAAGCCGACGUCUGGCUCUGUGGGGGACCUGCUGGCAAGGGCAGUUGAGAAAUCGGGGCCGCGAAAGUUCGUGGCCCGCGGCAAGGGUGACUCAACGGGGCCGCUGGGGAGCGGCGCAACCCUCAGCAGCGCCGACCUGCCGUCUCUGGAGGACAUUGUGAGCGGAACUGCCAAAAAGGCGGAGUCCUCCCCAGCAGCGCCGACGGAACCGGCUAGUGCAGAAACGACUGCCCCUGGUGCAUAUAAGCCACCCACGGACAGGCCCUCGGCUGGCGCAUAUCAACCGCCCACGGACAAGCCGUCAACUGGUGCAUAUAAGCCGCCCACAGACAGGCCCUCGGCUGGCGCGUAUAAGCCACCCACGGACAAGCCGUCUACGGCCGCAGAUGCACUAUCUAGUAAUGAAACUGCAGAAGGGGCACCGAUGCCGCCCGCAGACAAGCCGUCAACUGGUGCAUAUAAGCCGCCACAGACAGGCCCUCGGCUGG